AUGGAGACUUCUAACAUGACUGAAAAUGGAGGAAACCAGCAGGUUGUUGCUGAUCCUGUUCACUUUGCGCGAAGUUACCAGCUGGAAGCAUUGGAAAAAGCACUGAAACAGAACACUAUAGUUUUCUUUGAAACCGGCACUGGCAAGACUCUUAUAGCAAUCAUGCUUUUAAGAAGUUAUGCACACCUCAUCAGAAAGCCGUCGGUCUACACUGCUGUUUUUCUGGUUCCUACUGUAGUUCUUGUCAACCAACAAAGUGAAGUUGUGUCUAUGCAUACUGAUCUGAAAGUGGGAAAAUACUGUGGUGAGAUGGGUGUUGAUUACUGGGAUGCUGCAGUGUGGAAGCAACAGGUGGAAUUGCAUGAGGUGCUUGUAAUGACACCACAAAUAUUGCUUAAUGCAUUGAGGCACAGGUUUUUGAGACUCGAUCAGAUAAAGGUUUUAAUAUUCGACGAAUGCCAUAAUGCGAGAGGCAAACAUUCAUAUGCUUGCAUCAUGACGGAAUUCUAUCAUCGUGAACUAGCAUCAAAUAGUUCGCAGCUUCCUAGAGUUUUUGGAAUGACUGCAUCUCCUAUAAAGGCAAAAGCUUCGAGUUCAGAAGCAGAGUACUGGAAACAGAUCAAGGAACUUGAAAAUCUGAUGCAGUCAAAGGUCUUCACUUGUGACUCGGAGCUUGUUUUAAGUCAGUACGUACCAUUUUCAACCACUAAAGUGAAGGCUUACGAUCACAUGGAAAUUCCUCACAUGACAGUAAAGCGGCUGGAAGAUCGUUUACAGAAAAUGAUAGUAACUCAUCAGAAUUCUCUUCAGAAUUCUCUCGACGAGGCGAGUAUCUCAGAAUCAGUGGCCAAGUCUGCAAAGAAAAGAUUAAACAAACUUUUCUCAACCUUCAUGUUUUGUUUGACGGAGCUGGGAAUUUGGUUAGCAAUGAAGGCAGCGGAGUAUUACUCUGUUGAAGGAGAUGAUGUCUUUGUAUGGGGUAAAAUGCAUGUGUCGGGUGAGAAAGUUGUUAGGGGUUUUAGUUCUGAGGCUGUUAAGAUUUUUUCUGCAUCUAUGCCUUCAGGUGCAAAGUGGUCAAUUCGUAAUGAUUUGAUGGCUAACGUAUCUGCUGGGUAUCUCACGUCAAAAGUCAUGUGUCUUGUGGAGACUCUUCUUGAUUACAAGAAUAUGAAGGAUUUGAGGUGCAUAGUUUUUGUUGAAAGGAUUGUCACAGCAGUUGUUAUUCGAAAUCUGUUGAAUGAAUUGCUUCCAGAGUUAGUGGGAUGGAGGACAGAAUACACAGCAGGGAACAAUUCGAAAAUUCAAUCUCAGAGUCGCAAAGAACAGAAUGCAAUUGUUGAUGAAUUCCGCAAAGGAAUGGUCAACAUCAUCAUUGCCACUUCUAUGCUUGAAGAGGGUUUAGAUGUCCAAAGCUGCAACCUCGUAAUUAGAUUUGACCCUUCAGCUACAAUAUGCAGCUUUAUUCAAUCGCGUGGACGUGCUCGAAUGCCAAACUCAGAUUUUGUUCUAAUGGUGAAACGGGAUGAUUCUUCAGCCCUUUCUCGAGUAAACAUGUAUUUAACUAGUGGAGAUAUCAUGCGCAAGGAGUGUUUGAGUCAUUCUCACCUUCCUUGCGAACCACUUCACAAUGAAAUGUAUGGUGAGUCUUGGUACGAAGUAAAAAGCACAGGAGCUAUUGUGACUAUGAGUUCUAGUGUGAGCUUGCUUUAUUAUUAUUGCUCACGCCUUCCUUCUGACAGGUACUUCAAACCUAAUCCUUACUAUGAUAUAAACAAGGAACUCGGUACUUGUACGCUUCACCUUCCAAGUAGCUGCCCAGUUCAAACGAUUACCGUACAGGGCAAAACGAAAUUUCUUAAGAAACUUGCAUGCCUCGAGGCUUGCAAGAAACUUCAUGAAGUUGGUGCCCUCACGGACAAUCUCAUUCCAGAUAUUGUCGAGGAAGAAGCUGAAGCCGAAGAAUAUGGAAAUGUAUCAUAUAUGGACAAUCAUCCAAAAUAUUACCCGCAAGAACUAGUCGGGCCUCAUGGGAAUCUGUCAGAAACGCUCUUCCAUUGCUAUCUUAUUGCGCUACAGCCGAAUUUUCAGUAUGAUGUCAAGUUUCAAGACGUUUUGCUGGCAGUUCAUAAAAGGCUGGAUAAUGAUCUCGAGAGUUUUGACAUUGAUCUGGAUGCAGAUAGGGGAAGUGUUGUUGCACAUGUGAAGUAUUUUGGAUAUGUUAGCCUUAGUCCCGAGCAGGUUUCGCUCUGCCGAAAAUUCCAGACUACCCUUUUCAGGAUUCUAAUUGAUCACAAAUUUACUAUGCUUCAAGAAUGCGGCCAAAGCUCUGGGGUAAAUGGGUCCUCGAUUGGGUUAAAUUAUCUUCUUCUCCCUGUUGUUAAAUCCGAUCAAGGCGUGUCGAUUGAUUGGUCGUGCAUUAAUUCUGUUCGGUUCCCUGAGAACGCUUCGCGGCAUUUCCGUACCGAUUGCCCUUCGAGUCAAAACUACGAUUCUCAUGUGCACACAAAGGACGGUUUGGUAUGCCGUUGCGUGAUAGAGAACUCCUUAGUGCUCACGCCUCAUAACGGUGUUCUCUAUUGCAUAAUGGGUACUUUGGAGGGUAUUGAUGGAAAUUCAUAUCUUGAGCUAAGAGAUGGAGAAUCUGUUACGUAUACGAAGUAUUUCAAAACGAGACAUGGGAUCAACUUGCAAUACGAACUGGAAACUCUUCUUAAGGGAAAACGUGUCUUUUCCGUGCACAAUUACCUUCAGAGAAGUCGAACUGCAAGCAAAAAGGAACCAAGUAAUAGCUCAUGCGAGUUACCUCCAGAGCUGUGCUCUAUUAUCAUGUCCCCUGUAUCGAUUUCGACCUUCUAUUCUUUCUCAUUUCUUCCAUCUGUUAUGCAUCGGGUUGAGUCACUUCUUAUUGCUGCCAAUUUGAGAUGUAUGGCUUUGGGUCUCUGCACGCACCAAAAUGUUAUUCCAACCCUUACGGUGUUGGAGGGUAUCACAACAAAGAAAUGCCAAGAGAAGCUUCAUUUGGAAUCUCUGGAGACUCUUGGUGAUUCUUUCCUCAAAUACGCUGUUAGUCAGCAGCUAUUUAAGACGUACCAAAAUAGGCAUGAGGGGCUUUUAAGCAUUAGAAGAGAGAAAAUUAUUUGCAACGCUAACCUGUGCAAGCUCGGAUGCCUCCGCAAAAUCACGGGCUUUAUCCGAAAUGAACCACUGGAUAUAAAAACAUGGAUAAUACCCGGGGCUUAUAAUCCUGACCACAUAUUACAAGAAGAGAUGCUUUCAUCUAAACAAGUGUAUUUUGGUCGGAGCAGAAAAAUAAAGAGUAAAACUGUGGCGGAUGUGACCGAGGCAUUAAUCGGAGCGUUCCUUAGUGCGGGAGGCGAAAUAGCUGCUUUGUCUUUUAUGACAUGGAUUGGCAUAAGCGUCGAAUUUGUCAGUCUACCGUAUACUAGGAACAUGUGUACGAACCCAGAACUCCUUGUUAAUAUAAGACAUUUGGAGAUUCUUUUAGGUUACAAGUUCCAAGAUGUUUCUCUCUUGGUUGAGGCCUUAACACAUGGUUCGUUUAUGCAGCCAGAAGUUCCGGGAUGCUAUCAGCGUCUCGAGUUUCUUGGGGAUGCUGUGCUGGACUACCUAAUUACGGUACACCUGUACCUUAAAUUUCCUGGCCUUUCUCCGGGACUUCUAACUGAUCUGAGGUCAGCAUCUGUCAACAAUGAUUGCUAUGCCCAGUCAGCAAUUAAGGCGGAGCUGCACAAACAUCUACUUCACCUUUCGAACGACCUUCACCGACAUAUAGUCGAAACAGUUAGCAAAUUUCAAGAAUUGAACUCGACCGCCACUUUUGGCUGGGAGUCUGAAACAACUUACCCAAAGGUACUCGGGGACAUAAUAGAAUCCCUAGCGGGAGCAAUAUUUGUCGACUCGGGUUAUGAGAAGGAAAUAGUUUUCCAGAGUAUGAAGCCUCUUCUUGAGCCGUUAAUCACGCCAGAGACUUUGAGGAUUCAUCCAGUUAGAGAGUUGACUGAGUUGUGUCAAAGGGAGCACUUUAUAUUCAAGAAGCCUUUGAUUUCUCGUAAAAAUGGGACGACAUAUGCUACGGUUGAGGCUGAGGCACAUGGCGUUGUGUAUAAAGAAACUCGCUCGUCUGUAGAUAAAAAGAUGGCAAAAAAACUAGCUUGCAAGGCGGUUUUGAUGUCUCUUAAAGAGAAAGCCAGUUUGCAAAAAUAA